AAAUGUCGCUUUUCGGUACAAGUACCACGGCUCCAGCUGCUUCAACAACACCUCUUUUUGGCUCAACGGCUGCUGCUGCUCCAAAGCCUGGAGGCCUCUUCGGUGCGCCUGCUGCUGCCAUGUCAUCAGGGCUCUUUGGAGCAUCUCAGACAGCUCCUGCACCAGCUUCUGCAGGACUUUUCGGCUCAACAACUGCUCCUACACCUGCUUCAACGUCUUCAGUUCCACUAUUCGGUUCGACAACAACCACCGCAUCACCAUCUGGAGGACUUUUCGGAGCCAAGACAGCCACCACAGCAGCUCCCGCGCCGACUGGUGGGCUCUUUGGAGCAUCAACGGCUGCUCCGGCGACUGGAAGUCUGUUCGGAAGUACUGCCCCGGCUACUGGAGGUCUUUUUGGCGCGAAAUCGACCACAUCGGCGGCUCCGACGCUUGGAGGUGGACUUUUUGGAUCGAGCACGGCUCCGGCGGCGGCGGCAACGACAUCAUUUGGAGCUCCACCAGCGACUGCAGCUGCUCCAUUGGGUCUCGGCGGAAUCCAGCAACAAAACAGCAGUGGUGGUGGGCUUCCAAAUGCUUCAGGAACUGCCACGUCAUCACUCACAGGCACCGGAGACUCAAAAGAUGCCUCGAAAGACGGUGAAUGGACACAAGCGGCCACUCUAAUCAGAGAUUUACUCCCAUUGAUCGAGGAUAAAUUCAAGAAAAAUCGAGAAUUUAUGGAAGAAACCGAGAAUAUGUCAAUUGACAACGUGGCAAUCGAAGAACAAAUCGAUAAGACACGUGGAUGGAUUGAGGAAGUUCGACGGGAUGUUCUGACGGCUACACAAUCAUCAGAAAGGAUUGCAUAUCUUGUAUCAACUGAUAAAACACUUUGUGAUACGACGAAACGAGUUCAAGAGCAUUCUGGAUCUGCAAAUCAGACUACUUAUAUGAAUGCUAUCAAAGAACACCUCGCCGAGCUGUGCAAUUUCUAUGGAAAUGAUAUGGACGCACUUCAAGAGAGAGUGAAUUUCCUGAGAAAUCGAUUCGAGAAGCUUCUAACCGGUGAAAAAUCGAUAACAAUGGAGGAGCUGGAUGCAUAUUUUUUGAGAUGUGAUGCAAAUGUUUCGAAUGCACAUCAUCAUGUCACUGAGCUCGGAAAAGAAAUUGAAGAAAUUCGAGAUUUUCUAAUUGAACAAGGAUAUACUCAAUUGAGAAAAUGGUCGACUACAGCUGCUUCAGCAGCAGCACCAAUAGCUUCGAAUUCUGAAAUGAUUGUUAGAGAAGGAGCCGAGUUCUUCCCAUCACAAUCUAGUCUGGCAAUCAUUGGAAGCUCGUUGAGAGCACCGGCUGCUCCGGCUCCAGCUGUUGGAGGGCUUGGAUUGGGCACUGGAACCAGUCUUUUUGGAAAUACUGGAACAACUUCUCUUUUCGGAUCAACGGCCACAAAACCAGCUUUCUCUGGAGGAUCUCUAUUCGGUGCAACAACUUCUACUGCAACAUCCUCAGCUGCUGCCACCACCACAACUCCGACUACAUCACUCUUCGGAUCAACCAAACCAGCCACCACAACUACACCAUUUGCAUCGACUGUUGCUAAUAAUUCCAGUGGUCUUUUGUUCAGUUCAAAGAAAUAAUUAUUUAUUUUUUUAUUUCAUGAUGACUGGUUUUAUUAUUUAAUUUGUGAAAUAUUUAUUUUUUCUGAUCUUUCUUUCGAUUCCUCACGCUUUUCCUGUUCUUACCCUAUUCUUACAUUAAGCUUAUUCGAUUUUAAUUUUACAUUGUCUCUACACAGCAAAUUUUCCCAUGAAAUCUGAUUUUUUGU